GGGUGCGCCAUGUAAGAGCAGCGACCAAGGAGCGACCGUAUUAUUUUGAAUCUGUCUUUCUUACUACGACAGUUAUCUUUUUUGCUAUAUAUCUAAUGGUCCGCCAUCGCUCGCGUUCCGCGUCUCCUGCACCACGGUUGGAAGAUGACCGGGAAGGAAGGCAUAGGCACCGAACAUCUUAUAGAGACGAAAAAGGUCAUUCAAAAUACGACGCCGACGACAAGAAGCGUAGACGCAGCCGCAGCAAGGACAAUGAUGAUUCCUCUAGAUGGAGGAGGGAUCGAAGUCGCAGUGGGGAGGACGACCGUAAGGAAAAAAAGCGAAAACGAGAUAAGUCUGAAGAACGGAAAGCAAGAAAGGCAGAAAAGAAGAGGAUAAAAGAGGAAGAAGAAGCUCGACAGGUAGCAGAGCUCAGCGUUUACAGUGCUACUGACAAUCCUUUCCAUGACGUCAACCUUGGACAACAAUUCCGCUGGCACAAAAAGAACGAUAAAGAGAAAAAGGAAGGUCUGUCAUUAGCAGAGAUUCAAAGAAGGGAUGCCUUGAGACGUCAGGAGGCAAAAGAAGAGCUCGAGCGCCUGAAUCGAAGGCGUGCUGAACGAGAAGUGGAGCAACGACUCAGGGAGGAGGAAGAGCUGCGAAUGCAACGAAUGGCUGAAUCUGCGCAGAUGUCUGAUUGGAUAGCUAAAGAUGGCGAAUUCCAGCUUGAUCAGGAGCGUCAUAGGGCAGCCAUCCGAAUCAAAGAAAAGAGGGCAAAAGCUAUAGACUUUUUGGCUCUUAAUCUGCGUUAUGUCAACCCUCAUGAGGAAGACGAAGAAGCAGAGGAAGAUGCAGGUUUGGAGAUUGAUCUCGACGAACCUUAUAAUAUAUUUUUCAAUCUUUCUUCAGAACAAGUCGAAGAGCUUCAUGAUGAUAUCGAACAUUAUCUUUCAUUAGAAAACUCUGACGUUAACAUUGAAUUUUGGACAAAUAUGAUGGUGGUCUGCAAAGAUCGCCUCGAUAGAAUCAAAGCAGACGAAAGUAUGGGUGUGGAAGCUGCUGCUGCUGUUGAAUCGGACAUCACCGCUUUGUUAUCCGGAAAAAGUUAUGAACAUCUCGCAAGUCUCCAGAAACAAAUUCAAGCGAAGCUCGGUAGUGGCGAACCAAUAGACGUAGACUACUGGGAAGGCUUACUAAAGAAACUCAUCGUGUGGAAAGCCAAGGCAAAGCUCAAGAGCUUACAUGAAGUCGUCGUUCGUAACAGGCUUGAGCAAUUGCGAAAGCGGCAAAGGGACGAGGCACUGCAAGCACAAGAGGAGUUGCUUGCAGGCGUUGCUAAAUCAGCUUCCAGCAGGAGAGAUAACCCCGUGCCUGUUGCCGAAAGUACUCCAACUGAAACUCAGGUUCUACCUGAAGAGAUGGAACCUUACGACAGAUCUAUGAGCCCAAGUCUAAUUGAUAUCACCAGAUUAUCAGUAGAUGACAGACAAAUUGACAUUGUCACUGAAGGAGAAGACCGUGCUGCCCUAUUUUUGCAGCGUCGAGCAGUUGCUGCUUCCCGGUUUGUUCCUAAAACAGAGCAACCAGUUGUCGAAGUUCAAGACACAGAAGUCGCGAGUGGCGCUGACCUCGCUUCUGAGGCGCUGUACAGAGCUGAAGCAGAACGAGAACUUGAUGAAGAAGAAGAGCUUUUCAAUCUCGAAGAGAAUAUCAUCAAUCCCACGACUUACAACUGGGAAGAUAAAUAUAGGCCGCGAAAGCCUAGGUACUUUAAUCGUGUUCAUACGGGCUACGAAUGGAACAAGUACAAUCAGACCCACUAUGAUACUGAUAAUCCUCCUCCAAAAGUUGUCCAAGGAUACAAGUUUAACAUUUUUUACCCUGAUCUCAUCGAUAAAUCCAAAGCCCCCACCUACAAAAUAGUCAAGGAGCCAGGAAAUGAGGAGACUGUUUUAUUACAUUUUAGCGCCGGACCUCCUUACGAGGACAUUGCGUUCCGCAUCGUGAAUCGCGAAUGGGAAUUCUCACACAAGCGCGGGUUCCGAAGCAGCUUCGACCGAGGAUGCCUAUCGCUUUGGUUCAACUUCCGUCGUAAUUUCUAUCGCAAGUAACGUACUUUCGGCAUAGGAUGACGUACCUGUAUCAAUACGUUUUUGUUGUAAUGUAAAGUCGUCUCCUCUGUGGACAUUUCUCA